UAUUGUACCGAGGGAGGGCGGUCUCGCCAUUGCUUUGACGGAGAAGCUGGAAGAUAUGGUCACCAUUGUAUUUCUGCCUUUGUAUUUUACCUACUCAGGGCUGAACACUAAUCUUGGACUCCUUGAUGACGGUCGGUAUCACUUGGGCUUUUACAAUGCCAUCAUAUGCCUUGCAUUCUUGGGCAAGUUUGGUGGAUGUACAAUUGCCUCAAGGUUGUCUGGUUUCAGCUGGCGUGAAGCCAGUACAAUUGGAGCACUCAUGAGCUGCAAGGGUCUCGUAGAGUUGAUCGUGCUUAAUGUCGGUCUCUCCGCUGGCAUUUUGUCUCAGAAACAUUGUAUCCUCCAGAACGGCGUGUAUCGCCACUUCGGUGGAGCUCCGCCCCAGAUUCGCGACGAGGAGGGUGAUGCAGACAAGAAAUCUCUUGUGAACGAGGAACAGCCCUGGCGGUAUCGCUUUACCGUCGUUCUCGACAAACUCGAACAUAUGCCAUCCAUGAUGGCCCUCACGCAGCUCGCCCGUCCUCCUGUACCGGAUUUCUCCUCGCUCACUACCGCUGUGUCCAUGUCUGCUGCAUCUGACCCAGCCCCGUUGAAGUACAAGAUGCCCGAAGUGAGCAUCAGUGCACUCCGCCUCAUCGAGCUCUCGGAUCGUCCGUCGGCGGUGAUGAAAUCAUCCACUACAGAUACGCUUAUCCAUACCGAUCCGCUCCUGGGCAUAUUCCGCAUGUUUGGAGAACUGAAUGAUUUGCUCGUGUCGACAUCGCUCACCAUCGUGCCGCAUGACGAUCUUGCUUACAACGUUGUGGAUCACGCCAAGCGAAAUGCAUCCCAGCUCAUACUGCUCCCGUGGUUGCCACCUUGCGCUGGGACGAUGCUGAAACAAGCGAAGGCGCAACGCCACGGCGAGAAAAGUUGGACCACAAUCCUUUCGAGGCUAUUUUCGGCACAUCAAGAGAUAAUCUACAUCUACCGUCCACUCGCAGUUUAUGUCGCCCUGUUUGUCGAUCCUGGAAAUCAUAUCAACACGUGUGCGGGGACAGGCGGCUCGUAUCACGUCUUUUUCCCGUUCUUUGGCGGUCCUGAUGACCGCCUUGCGCUGGAAUUUGUGGUGCAGCUCUGUGCGAACCCAAAGAUCAAUGCAACGGUGCAUAACCUGGUCACGAUAUGCGGGCCGCAAUCUAUCAGAUUCGGAUAUACUGGGCCGUUGCGUGUUGCACUUUCGCGGAUCAAUUUCACAAACCUUGCAUCCCCUGUCCCGCUGCACGCUGCGAUCCAGCGCGCAUCAAUGUGUCAGCGGGUGUUGGUUGUCGCUGGACGGUCGAAGCGAUUGGCAGUGGAGAACCAUCAUGCUGAGUUGAAAGAUCUGGUGGAGGAGUAUAGGGUGGUGGGGCAUGAGGUGACAAGUAAGACGAUUGGGGAUGUGGCAACUGCGUUCGUGGUGUCUGGGUGCGCGACUGCGAUGGUUGUGCUGCAGGCUGCGAAUAUGGGGAUGGAGUAG